CCAUCACCCCUCCCGCCCCUCCUCCCGCCAGGGCGUGAAGGAGUUCAAGUGCGAGGUGUGCGGCCGGGAGUUCACCCUGCAGGCAAACAUGAAGCGGCACAUGCUGAUCCAUACCAGCGUCCGGCCCUACCAGUGCCAUAUCUGCUUUAAGACCUUCGUGCAGAAGCAGACCCUCAAGACCCACAUGAUUGUACACUCGCCUGUGAAGCCAUUCAAAUGCAAGGUGUGUGGGAAGUCCUUCAACCGCAUGUACAACCUGCUGGGCCACAUGCACCUGCACGCGGGCAGCAAGCCCUUCAAGUGCCCCUACUGCUCCAGCAAGUUUAACCUCAAGGGCAACCUGAGCCGGCACAUGAAGGUCAAGCAUGGUGUCAUGGACAUCGGCCUAGACAGCCAAGACCCCAUGAUGGAGCUGACAGGCACUGACCCCUCCGAGCUUGAUGGCCAGCAGGAGAUGGAGGACUUCGAGAACGCCUACGCCUACGCCGGGGUGGACAGCAGCGCCGAGGCCAGCGUCCUCACUGGACAGGCCAUGAAGGAGAUGGCCUACUACAACGUGCUAUAGCGCAAGCUGGGCCGCCCAGCAGGGGCAGGGAGGGCGUGGGACGUGGGGGGAGACCCCGCUGCUGCGGGCUGCACCUGCCGCGGCCCAGAAGCUACUGCCCCACUGUCCCGAGCCCCCCCCCCGCCCCCACCGAGUCGUUUGCACCACUAGGGACUUUUCGACCAAAUGGAGACUACUGCUAGCCUCAGCUGUGAACCAGGCACAGGCCCCAGGCAUCUGGGGAAGGAAGGAGAGCACAGAAGGCCCAGCUCUGGGUCUCCUUGACCUGCUGCUGCGGGAGGGUGGGAGAAAUGCUGGUGGGGGCCAUCUGGGGCCAGGUCACAAGGGCACAGGUCCUCAGGUCUCUCCAGGCCCGGCAGAGGGGCCCUGGCACUGGAGGAAGACAUAACUUGAGCCUGGCCUUGCUUCCGCUCUGGACCAACUCCUGCCUCUAAGGGAUGUUUGAGCUCCUGUGCUGGUCAGCACUGCGCGCCCCCCCCCCCAGCCCACCCCCUUCCCUGGGCUGGAAAACGCCCAGGCCCCAGAGCCCCCUUCCCCACCCUGUUCAUCAACAGCCAGGCAGGGCCCUCUGCCUUCUACCUCCUGGUGCCUCCCGAGCUCUCCGGGAGCCAGGCAUGCAUGCAGCCCCGGUCCUGGCCUCAGGAAAGCGGGGUGUAGCCCAGCCCCCAGCUAGUGCCCUCUCCAGCCAACCCCCCGAAGGCCCCCACCUUCCCCAGUUUGAAAGUGGGUGUCCCUAAAGUGGAUUUCAACAGAUGUCAUCCAGUUCUUUGUUGAACGGGCCACCGCACCAGGGUCCCCCGACGUGAGCAGAGCUGGGACGUGCCUUUCGCUGGGCACACGCUAAGACAGCUGGAAGCCCCUCGAGUGAGGGGCAGGGGACCCAGAGGGGCUGUCCUCACAGGAGGCCAAGGACCACCUGGGGGGUGGCUGGAGUGUUGUAUUAUUAACAAGUAUCCAUGUUGAGGAAGUGGACAGCCAAGAGUCAACAGGUUCCCAUGAAGAGCAACAUAGUUAAAAAGAAAAUGAAGACCAUAGAGAAAAAAAAAUUUUUUUGAGCAAAAGGGGUAUUUUGAAGGUAAUUUAUUUUUUUUUUUUCUUUCCAAUUCCGUGUCGCCUAUUCUUUUCUGAUGGAGAUCAUUUUCUUUUUCCAAACGGAAGCUCCCUCGUGUGCUGUGCGUGCUUCAUGCCUCCCCAACCUCGAG